UGCCAAAUUAGCGGAAUCGAGACACUUCUAUUAAAACUCUCAUAAAAAUAUGUCUGAAGUCCGGUCCGAUCACUGUCCCGCUCUGACAUAGCAUUGCACUCACCAUAGAAUAGAGCCAAGCAAAGCUCUUCUCUCUCUCGAGCUCCGAGAGAAGCUUUUUGGAGGCAGAGAUAAGAGAGACGUUACCCUCUAGAUUCCUAGACAAAUAACGUUAUACUACUCCCAGAUAAAGGAAGAGUAAAGUAGAAACAGAACUUCGAGCAUUGUCGUUGGAGGCUCUGUUUUUGGACUACAAUGGCAAGAGGAUUUAAGCUCAUCUUUGCUAUGUCACUGUUGCUUACACUUCUGGUACUUUGCAGGGGAAGUGUAGUAGGAGUUUGCUAUGGAAGAAAUGCCGAUGACCUUCCAACACCCGAUAAAGUUGUGCAGCUUGUUCAACAGCAUAACAUUAAAUAUUUGAGGAUUUAUGAUUCAAAUAUUCAGGUUCUCAAGGCCUUCGCAAACACUGGAGUUGAACUUAUGGUUGGAAUCCCAAAUUCAGACUUAUUGGCAUUAUCCCAGUUUCAAUCCAAUGCCGAUUCAUGGUUGAAGAACAGUAUUCUUCCUUACUAUCCUGCUACAAAGAUCACAUACAUAACUGUUGGAGCUGAAGUCACAGAGAGCCCCAAUAAUGUGUCUGCCCAAGUUGUACCAGCCAUGCAUAAUGUUCUCACGGCGUUGAAGAAGGCCGGUUUGCAUAAAAAGAUUAAAGUUUCAAGCACCCAUUCCCUUGGGAUUUUGUCUCGUUCGUUCCCUCCAUCUGCUGGGGCUUUUAAUAGCAGCUAUGCGUUUUUUCUGAAGCCCAUGUUGGAGUUCCUUGCUGAAAACCAGUCUCCUUUUAUGAUUAAUAUUUAUCCUUACUAUGCUUAUAGAGAUUCUCCAAACAAUGUGUCUUUGGAUUAUGCUUUAUUUGAGUCAUCCUCAGAAGUGAUAGAUCCAAACACUGGUUUGCUGUACACAAACAUGUUUGAUGCUCAGGUUGAUGCCCUCUAUUUUGCCCUGAUGGCUUUGAAUUUUAGAACAAUUGAUGUUAUGGUCACUGAGACAGGUUGGCCAUCCAAAGGUUCACCAAAGGAGAAAGCUGCUACGCCUGAUAACGCCCAGACUUAUAACACCAAUUUGAUUCGCCAUGUAAUUGAUAACUCAGGAACUCCUGCAAGGCCUGGAGAAGAGCUAGAUGUUUAUAUCUUCUCAUUGUUCAAUGAGAACAGGAAGCCUGGUUUGGAAUCAGAGAGGAACUGGGGUUUAUUUUAUCCAGACCAGACUAGUGUUUAUAAUUUGGAUUUUACAGGAAGAGGUGUUGUUGAUGUAACCAAAAAUACCACGUUUGCCGGUCUCAAUGGAACAGCAUGGUGCAUUGCUUCAAGUAAUGCUUCUCAACUUGACUUGCAGAGUGCCUUAGAUUGGGCAUGUGGUCCUGGGAAUGUGGAUUGUUCUGCCAUUCAGCCUAGCCAGCCUUGUUUCGAGCCAGAUACUCUACUUUCACAUGCAUCUUAUGCAUUCAACAGUUACUACCAGCAAAAUGGGGCUAGUGAUGUUGCUUGCAGUUUUGGUGGGGUGGGGGUUAAAGUUGACAAGGAUCCAAGCUAUGACAAUUGCUUAUAUAUGACAACUGGGAGCAACAACAAAACCGGCGCAAGUAACACUACAGCAAUGGCUUCAAUUCAUUCCUCCUCUUCGUCACAUAAUGAAGUCUUCGUAUGGGCUUCCAGUUUCCUUCUUAUGGCAUACCUUGCACUUCUGAACAUUGCUUGAUAUGGAAGCAUGACAAAGUCUGCUAAAAUGGGACGACAUUGGUGCUUUUCUUUUUACGGAGGAAGACACGUGGAUUAGAUUUUUCCUGUAGAUUGAACAAGUAAGAAUGUGCAACUAGCAUGGAAAGAUGUGAAUCUGCCUGCUACUAGUUUUGUAUAAUAUUUAAGUAGGCUGUAGGAGAUGGCUGCAGCUAAUCCAUCUGUGCUGUGAGAUUUCAGUUUUCAGCCUUUUGUAUGUUCAUGUGCUAUUGCAAUUGCAAGUACAAAUGUACAAUCUUUUAAGACAUCAACUAUAUGGUUCUGCCUGAACUCUCCUGGGUAAGGGAUGGAGAAAAUUCUCUGUAUAAAUAGCUUUUGCAACUUCA